GAAAUAAAAAGUAGGCAACCAAAUCAUAGAAAAUGCUCACAAACUACUUUAAACUACGGGGAGCAUAGCAACCAUUGGGCCACCAAGCAGGCAGGCACAUAGAAACGCUAUCGAAACUACAUAUUUCAAUGAACAUAAAACGAUUGACGAAACCAGUAGUGUUACUGCUGAGCUCAGUACGCAUAUCGAACGGCUGCAAGGUAGGCCCCACCAGUAGCAUCCGCAGGAAUAUCUCGGGAAAUGACAGCAUGGAGGCGCUGCCAGAGGUUCAUGGCAACAAGUUCUUCUACUUUGGAUUCGGAAGUAAUAUGCUGGCACAGAGGAUACACAUACAAAAUCCCACUGCCCAGAGAAUCGGUGCAGUCCUCCUGUCCGACUAUCGCUUAGACUUUGCCCAUGAGAGUCCACGCUGGAGGGGAGCUAGUGCAACAAUUGUGCACAAGCCGGGCGAACACACAUGGGGCGCUCUCUGGGAGAUCGAUCUGAGCAAUAUGGCUGAUAUUGACAAGUACAUAUCGUUCAUCUGGGCACCUAUGAGUAAAAGCCGUAAAGCUCCAGAAUGAGGAGACUCACAUCGCGGCUCGUGCCUUUAUGAUGACCAAAACCCACCUGCCGGAGACAAUUCUGUACGACAUGUCUCCCGAUCAAGUGCCUCCGGAACGGCAGCCAUCAAAGACCUAUUUGCGUGCCUGAUCAAGGGGGCCAUGGUGAACUCGAUACCCGAAGAGUAUGUCACUCGCUUACGCACUCUUAAACAUAAUGGCAGGGUGGUCAGCAAUCUGGAGGAGAUCCUUGCAGGAUGUUUGCCUAUCAUAAUACCUCCCCCCCCCCCACCCAUGGGGUGAAUGGGAAUGGUAGAUCAUAGAGAUCUCAGGACUUAUCGCAUCUAUUCUCUGUUUCUGAUUUCAAUUCGAUUAUGCAUAGCGUCAAUCGGUCGGUUAGGAGC